AUGUCUGGUCCCCAUGGUCCUUCAGGUAACCCAAGUUAUAGAAUACCACCAAUUGCGCUGCUCUUGGCUAUGAAGAAAAUAAUUGAUUUUGAAGCUAUCGACCACUGCACCGCAGAGCUGGAAUGGAUGGAUUAUCAGGGAGACUGUUUAGCAGCCAGCUGUACAUCUGGAAAAAUUCCAUCAAAGGAAGGGCAAUGUACCACCGCACUAAGCGACAUCCGGGGUCUUGCCUACAAAUUGACCUUGACAUUAAUGCCUCAAGACAAGGUCGUGAUGACAGAAUCAGAUAUUGCAGACUUGAACACUGCUAUGUACGAACAGCUCCUUUCUGUAUCCAGCAGGAUGAAUAUGGACUAUGAGGUUACCAUAGUGACACUCGCCAGCGGUUCUGACAUUUUGGUUUCUAAUACCAUUGUCGCUAAAAUUCUUGCAGACGACAAAGAGACCCGCGAUGAAUUCGAAGCUAAAUUAAUCCAGAUAUUGACAAGAUUUUCAAAGUCUACUUCAGCAUCUGGUAAAAUGUCUAACAUGACACUGAAUUUUAUGCUGGGUACAGAACACCACACGAAAGAAUUUCGAAAUUCUUCGCUGCUUUCGGAACUAUCACCCAGACGAUACACCAAGUCUAUGCCAGAGUAUAUACGGUACGAAGUGUCUCAUCAAAGGUCAUGGCCGGAUUGUUGUGACUUUAUUGACGUGACCUAUACGUUGCUAUGCCCUUACGUGGCUGUAAACAUUUCCAGCGAUAAAGUUAAUUUGUUGGACAUUCACCUGUCAUUUAACUAUGAUGGGCGUGUCAUCGAGGUUGUGGGUGGUCCUAAUAUUUCAGUCGUCAAUGGAAAACUUCACAUCUGUUUGGAGACGUUUAAAAUGUUGAUAAAAAGACGUGAAGUUCAGAGUUCUGCCACUAUAGCGCUCUAUUACUUCCAGAUUGUUGGUAUCUCGUUAUCAGUCGUUUGUCUAGUGGUGUCUGUGGUAACUUACUUUUUAUUUUCAUCUCUGAGAACACUUCCGGGGUUAAAUAAUAUGUGUCUGUGUUUAUCUAUGCUGAGUGCGCAAGUAAGUCUGCUGCUUACAGUAGAGUUUGGACUCAAAGGUCAACUUCCGCUCAGACUGUGCAUGUUUCAUGCAAUAUUUCUUCAUUUUAGCUGGUUGGCCUCUUUCGCCUGGAUGAGUGGCUGCUGUAUCCACAUGUUUCUCGCGUUCACUUCAUACACAUCGCCUAGAAAUGUUGUCAUUUCAGACCUGCGGGGACACAUCCGGUAUUGCGUUUACGGCUUUGGUGUUCCGCUUCUCAUUGUGGUUGCGAACAUAUGCCUCAACGCUGCUUUGACUUCCGGUCAGUCGAUAGGCUAUGAUGACACAAUAUGUUUCCUGGACACACGUACGUCUGCUCUCACGAUUGUACUGACCUUACUUGUUCCACUAUGCGCUACGGUCUUCAGCAACGGAGUUUUGUUCACCUUGACCUUACGUGACAUGCUUCAGAUCGCUAAAAUACAAAAGGCAGAAACUGGGAUAGGGGGCCAGGGUGUUAUGACUUACGUCAAGCUGUCCACUCUAACGGGCGUCUUCUGCAUCGUCGCAGCCGUGGCGGUCUGGCUGGAUAACAUUGUUCUCCAGUUCUUGACUUGUCCACUUAUGACCCUACAAGGCGCUUUUAUAUUUUUCUCGUUCAAAUUUAACAGAAGAAUCGGCAAAAUGUACUAUGACUUGUUUGGUCUGCACCGUCUGGGUAUCGGUCUCACAAAUCAAAGCAGUAGCAGCCAAUCAGCGAGCAGGAAACAAAAGAACAAUAUAAAGCGAACUCAACAAUCUACAUCAAGUACAAACAUUUGAAUCGGUCUCACAAAUCAAAGCAGUAGCAGCCAAUCAGAGAGCAGGAAACAAAAGAACGUAUAAAGCGAACUCAACAAUCCACAUCAAGUACAAACAUUUGAAAUAAUGAAAAUUAUGAACAAACAACAUAAAAAUGUUGUAUUUUUACAAUACUUCUAUUCAAGUCACUCUUUUAUGGUGCCAGGAUCCAGGAACCUUGAUAGCUGAUUUAAAAAAAUGUCUCUAAUUUAUUUUCCUAGAAAUUUUACAGUUGGUGUAUAUCGCCGAGAAAAGAAUUCAUAGCUCGUUGGCCACACGGGGAAAACUCUAGUGAGACCGUUAUAAAUUUUCAAAGUAUAAUAAAAUAAAUGUAAAUUUGGCUGGAUAUGUAGGUCUAGAGCCAACAUGGCGUAGUCAACAGAAUUACCGUAAUUAUGCAAUAAAAGAGUAAAUUUAAAUGUGCUUCAAUUUAUUGAAGUUAAUAAGCGUUGCUUUAGAUUUUAGAUUUAGUAGAGAUAUUUGCAGAUUUCCCGCUGGACGGCAUAUCACAAAAUAUCAUUUGAAUAAUUGAGGGGAUUGAAGUCAACCAUCGUGUUACUAAAAGCAUGCUGACAACCUGUUUUGUGUUGCAAGCUAACUCUUUUGAAUAAAAAUAUAUAUUGUGACACCACAUACGAGUACUUUGAUUGUUUCAUUAAUGUAUUUUUUUUUCUUUUUUGCUUGAAACGGUUAUAGAAAAUAAAACCCCAAGGUCUCGUAAUGCAUUAUGAUUGAAAUUAAAAUAAAAAAGCUGACUGCUCUCCAACAAAGAUUUAAUCUAAUUUUAUUCAAUUACAUUUUUCAACUAUUUAAAU